UCAAUCACGCUUCACGAACAAUAUGCUCUCACGUUGAGCUGGGUACGAUAAAUGGUAAAUCCACAGUGCUACGACUCAGAAAAAAGGGCUGCGACCGUCGUUAGAAAUUCGAAGGCACAUGGCAGAAAGAGGUGCUUUCGAGUAGGCGUCUCAAGUUGGCUCGGGUUAUCUGAUAACACUGCGGGACAUGUUGUAAGGGAGUAAAGGCGCACUCGUCAAAUCUUAGACACCUCCAAAGGAGCAGAUAACGUCUUAAGGCGCUCUCCUUCAAGGUUUUACGUAGACCUUGAAUUUUUGAGGAACCUCUGGUUCUUGUGGACGUUGCUGUCAUCUUGCCCGUAGAAUCAUUACUUAGCGCGGAUUAAGCCGACAACCCUCAUUGCUUGACGUUAUUGAGACACGUCUCAGCCCAUGUGUAACGUAUUAAGCCGCCUUGGCAGCCAGUUCAAGCAGGACAACGCAUUUAUCAUCAGAAAUCCCGACUUCAAAUGGUUGCGGUUUGAAGUCAAGAUUGCCACGACCGUUCCUUGAAAGUUGUGGGUUGCUGACAUCUAUUCCCGGUAGAAUGUAACGCACGCGUUUUAAUUGGCAGAGAGUUUUUCCGGAGUCCCGGUGGAUGUAAAGGAACACGCCAACAAUCAGUUCAACCUGCGGUGGCUCAGUUGGACAGGUCCUGAUGGAGAACCGACCGUUCUAGGUCAGGCAGGCGCUGUGCGGCAAAUGUUGUGAUGCGAGUUGUGUUGACCUUCGCUUCGUCACAUUUCCUUGCAGUGCGUCGAGCAGGCAGCUUUUCUUUCGGACGACAAACGCCAGGAGUUUCAGGCCACCCACUGUACGGUACUCCUCCGCGUUACAGUAGCCGUCUUUGGAGAAAUCUUGUCAAAAGCUACUUGAGGUCUGAACUGGAGAGUUGAAAUUUCAGCGAGGCUUGGAGGAGGAAACGGGUUUCCACUGCUUCACCCCCGCUUCUGAGUGACUCGGUGUCGGGCGAGCAAGCAUUCCUUGUCUACCGAGACAAGCUUACUCACGCUUACACAAAUAACUACACGGCUCGGCCGCAUAUUUCACCCUUCUGCGCCCGUCUGAGGUUUUGUAGGGAGAGAUACGUAUACCUCCAGUCGUCUACAUAUAGCCGAGGGGCAGAGACCGAUUCCACCUGCAAGUACGGAGAGGAGCGGUUCGUGCCCGGGCGCACACAGGAUCCUGAGCGGAUUGUCCUCCAGCUGGGACGCAGAUUCCUCAUAAGACGGGGUAUUGGCAGUGACCUUCUUGACCUCGCAGUGUCAGGGAGUGUUGCUCCUUUAAGGAGGUACCACCAGAGAUCUGCUCCUUUGCAAGUGGGGAAAAUUGGAUUGCCUGGAACCUUGUGGAUUGUGGCCUGAUCUGGAAUCGUACCUCGGCGCCUUGGAGUUCUUCCCACGGGAGGACGCGGUUCUUUAGGUAAGGACGGAGGUUUGGGGUCUGAGAGGUUUGACGCGCCUGGCAGAUGAUUCGGGUUCUUCAGUGCAGCAAAUCAGCCGCGGGUCGCGGGCACAUUUGGAGCGUACAGGGAUUCUUCUUGCGAGGCGAGGGAUGGUAUAAAGCAGUAGUCCGGAGGUCUAGGUCCGUGGUCGUCGCAUAACACGUUUUUCUGAUCGACAGUGUGGGCCUGUUUCUGGUUAUAUUUCGGGCAGACGAUUCUUAUUUCUGAGACAGAUUUCUGGACUGGAGAGUUGAGAUUGAGCCUUUCGUGCCAUGAUGCAGUUAAACGCACGGAAAUCCGAGGGAGGAUCCCAGGCGGUGUCCUGCAGGGUCUGCAUGUUGGCCGUGGUCGCCGUAAUGCAGGUCGUGACAAUGACCGUGACCGUGGUUCAAGGUCAAAAAGCGCCAGAAUACGAAGUGUCAUCAAUAGACCCGGCCCUGUGCAUCACCAGAGAGGGGUGGAUAGUGUACGAUCCCCUGACGCACACCUGCUGUCCGGACGGCAUCUACGAGGGCGCGGCGGACAGGCACGUGUGCAAGGCUUGCGGACAGACCACCUUCGUCAUGCCGCUGGACGCCAAGACGUCGUUCAGGUGCUGCGGGGACAACAACGACAUCCCGUACGACCCGGAGACAAACAUCUGCUGCUUCCACAAGCUGUUGAACGGACCGGAAGCCAGUACCAGGUGUAUCCGGUGCGGGAUGAACGUGGUCUCGUUCCCAGCGACGGAAUCGUCCGAAUGGCUGUGCUGUGGGGAGGAGAACGUGCCGUAUAACGGGCAGACGCACCACUGCUGCUACAACGAGGUGUAUGAAGGCGUGCAGGCCAACUACGAGUGCCAUCGGUGCGGAGAGACCGUUUUCAGUAAGCCACGCACGGCCCCGGCGUUCCGGUGCUGCGGUGCCCGGGCGGAGAUCCCGUACGACCCGACCACGCACCACUGCUGCGAGGGGUGUGGAGAGACCGUUUUCAGUAAGCCUCGCACGGCCCCGGCGUUCCGGUGCUGCGGUGCCCGGGCGGAGAUCCCGUACGACCCGACCACGCACCACUGCUGCGAGGGGUUCGACAGGGUCAAGCCGGGCCCGCAGCGGGACUACAUCUGUAACCGCUGCGGUACCGCGGCCUUCAGCAGGCAGCGCAGCGAGCCGCACUACAAGUGCUGCGGCUCCAACAAGUUACCGUACAACCCGGGCCUGCAGCACUGCUGCUUCGACGAGCUAAAGGACGGACCGGAGAACGAGUUUGUGUGCCAGAGGUGCAUCAGUAAGACGUACAGCAGGAGGAUCAGUGAGCCUUCUUACUACUGCUGCGGACUGGACGCCUACAACCCGGAAACUCACACCUGCUGUGCGGGGGAGUUGCAUGAAGGUGGCAAUGACUACCACACGUGUCAGACGUGCGGACAGAAGGCGUUUAUCCGCCCUGCCUCGGACCCGGAGUGGCACUGCUGCGGGCCGGACAACACGCCCUACAACCCGGAGACUCACUUCUGCUGCCAGGGAACCGUGCGGGCAGGUGCAGAAGGUGAGAACACCUGUCUCAGGUGCGGGAACAGCCUGUCUACCGUACCUGCCUCUCCCGUCUGGGGAUGCUGUGGGGAGGUCGUCUUCAACAUAGGCAGGCAGGUGUGCUGCGGAGGACAGGUGUACCAGGGGAACGUCUGUGACGGCGGUGCCAUACCUGCGUUUGGCGCGCCAUUGGAAGGAACAUCUGUGGAACAGACAUCUGUGGAAAGGACGUUUGUAGAAGGGACAUCAGUAGAGGGAUAUCGCGGUGGACGUCCCACUGACAACACAGACAGACAGGGCGGUGUAGGUGUUAGGAGAGAACAUGACGUUGAAGGACGCACUGAAGUAACCGGUGUACAACGGAAGGAAAAUGCGGAGGCGUCGGGCCAAGGACCGUGA